ACACUCAUCCUCGAUUUUGGAUUCUUUUUUUUUCUUUUUCUUUUUUCUUUUUUUUUUUUUCCUUGCAAUCUAUAAAAUCUGAAAGCAACUAAACUCUUCCUGCAACCAAUGAUGACAUCCAAAGAGGUGGCCAAAUGCGACGCGGCGGAGAACAGGAGACGCAGCCCGCUGGACCACUUGCCGCCUCCUGCCAACUCCAACAAGCCGCUGACGCCCUUCAGCAUCGACGACAUCCUGAACAAGCCGUCGGUGAAGCGGAGCUACGCCAUCUGCGGCACGGCUCAUCUCAUCUCGUCCUCCGAGAAGCACCGUCCGUCCAGCCUGCCGCUGUCCAGCCGCGCACUCCUCACGCAAACCUCUCCUCUCUGUGCGCUGGAGGAGCUGGCCAGCAAGACCUUCAAAGGGCUGGAAGUCAGCGUGCUGCAGGCUGCGGAAGGCCGGGAUGGGAUGACCCUGUUCGGCCAGAGGAGCACCCCGAAGAAGCGCCGGAAGUCCCGGACGGCCUUCACCAACCACCAGAUCUACGAGUUGGAGAAGCGCUUCCUGUACCAGAAGUACCUCUCUCCCGCAGACCGCGACCAGAUCGCGCAGCAGCUGGGCCUGACGAACGCGCAGGUCAUCACGUGGUUCCAGAACCGCAGGGCCAAACUAAAGCGGGACCUGGAGGAGAUGAAAGCCGACGUGGAGUCGGCCAAGGCCAUCGGCCAGGUGCCCCUGGACAAGCUGGCCAAGCUGGCGGACCUGGAGAAGUGCGCCAACGGCACGCUGGGCCACCCGCGCGCCGAGUCGCCCGCGCGAGGAGGCCCGCAGGAUCACCAGCACGAGCUCGCUCAGAAGCUGCGCAGCUCUCCUCUGUCUCCCUUCUCGGACCACACAACGAGCAAGGAGUGCUCGGAGGACGAAGACGUGGAGAUAGACGUGGAUGACUGAUGGCUCUCACACACAUACAGACACACACACACUGAGCGAGAUGUGAUGAUGGUGGUUGUGGUGAUCCUGCAGAGAGGACUUGUAAACUUAACCGCUUAUAUGAGAACAUGUACCAAAACGAAAUGACUUUUUCUAUCGGCACAGAUUCACAGUAAAGCAUGAGCGCAGAACUACAAAUAUGCAGUGAUGUAUUCAUUAGCGAACUGUUAUUGUUUCCAUCAAAGCAAUAUGGUCUAAAAAUAACUUCUUAUAUAUAUUUUGUUUACAGUAUACUGAAACGAACACGCGUGGGCAUGCACACACACACACACACACACACACACACACACACACACACACACACACACACACACACACACACACACACACACAGACACACACAUCUGCUCUGUUGGUUUUCCUAUAAGCCCCUCCAUACUCACCAUAAAACCACUUCUGUUUUCCAUAUGUUUGCAUGGAAAUGCAUGAUUUGAUUUGUAAACAUUAUAUAUUUAUUUUUUCUUUCUUUCUUUCUUUUCUUUUUUUUUAUUGUCACUGUUUUAUUCCAAGAGCCAACCCCUCCUUACAGUCACUGCCGGCUCUUCCUCCUCCCUGCCUCCGUUUUGACUGCAGACUCACACUGGGAGCUCCGAUAAAGGUG